CACAUCCGGCAAAAAUUGUCCAUGUGAGAGUUCUGUGUAGCCGUGUUUAAUGCAGACAUGGCGGAGGUGCAGCGGCCGAGGUUGUGGCAGUGUAUGGGGGUGCUGGAAGCGGUGGAUGCCCACCCGGAGCAGCUUCUGAGCGUUCAGGAGGGACUGGCUUCUGAGUUCUCAAACUUAACCAAAGCCCUGUAUGACUUGCAUAAAUCAGAAGGAGCUCUGCAGGUGGGGAGUCCUCUGAAUGAACUGAUUAUAGAAAACUUUGAUGAAGAGCAAAUCUGGCAGCAGCUUGAGCUUCAGAACAGAGCCGUUCUUGGCCACUUCUCCAAGGCAGUCAGCCAGACUGUGAAGGACAAGGACAUUUAUGUUUUCCAGCAAUCACAAGAGGAAGAGGAGCCAUCUGAGAAUGAGCAGGAUGAAGAAGAGGGGUCUGAGAUUGACCAGGAGGAAGAAGCUUUAGAAGACUCCUCAAAAAAUGUGAAGGGCCUUGAAAGUAAAGGAAGAAAUGGUAGAAUACUACUAACUAAAAACAGUAAAAGGGUCACAGUGGAACAGCAAAGUGAUGAUGACUCCGACAUGGAUUUUGACAUUGAUAAACUAGAAAAAGAACGGAAGAAAAAUACCAGUAGAAAAGCUGUAAAAAAAUCAAUAGAGAAAUCUAUAGUGGAUGACAAGUUCUUUAAGUUGUCAGAAAUGGAAGCUUUUCUGGAGGCAGCUGAAAAAGAAGAUGAUAAUAGGAAGAAUGAAGAGGAUGAUGAUGAAGAAAAGGUGGAUUAUUUUGAAGAUAUUGAAUCAUUUGAUGAUGAUGAUGAGAGUGAUGAAGAAAUAACAAAGGACACAAAGGCUGCUAAAAGCUCGAGAGACUUUCUGUACAAAGAUUUCUUUGACCCUGUUGAGGAUGAUGAGAAUGGAACAGAAAGACAGUGGAGAGGUCAGGAAGGUGAUGGUCUUGAAGACAAUGAAGAAGAAAUGGGGGAAGAUGCUGAUGAGGAAGAUGCUGACAACGAUGAUGUUAUUGAGGAGGAUGAUGAAGACUUUGCAAUGGAAGAAACAGAGGAGAGUAAAAAAGCCAAGGACUCUUUUAAACGGGUGACAUUUGAUCUUUCUGAUGGUAGUGAAGGAGAAGAGGUUGCAGAUAUUCUUGGUGGUAAAAAGAAGAGUGACCAACCAAAUGAAUCAAAAUCCUCCUUUGAAAAGAGGGAGGAAAAGAUGGCUGAGAAGAUUCAGGUUUUGCAAAAACAAAUGUUGGAAGAAAAAUCUUGGCAGCUGGGUGGUGAGGUGACAGCACAGAAGAGACCAGAGAACAGUCUUCUCUCAGAGUCCUUGCUUUUUGACCAUGCCUCCAGGAUGGCACCCGUAAUAACAGAAGAAACAACAGUUCAACUGGAAGACAUCAUCAAACAAAGAAUAAAAGACCAGGUGUGGGAUGAUGUGGUGCGUAAGGAAAAACCAAAGGAAGAUGCCUUUGAAUAUAAGAAGCGACUCGCCUUGGACCAUGAUAAGAGCAAACUGAGUCUUGCAGAGAUUUAUGAACAGGAGUAUUUAAAACUCAACCAGAAGAAAACAGAAGAGGAGGAGGACCCAAAGCACAUUGAAAUUCAGAAACUGAUGGAUAACCUAUUCCUGAAACUUGACGCUCUCUCAAACUUCCACUUUACACCCAAACCGGCGGUUCCAGAAAUGAAAGUGGUUUCUAAUCUCCCGGCAAUCAGUAUGGAGGAGGUGGCCCCAUUAGGAGUGAGUGAGGCGGCUCUUCUGGCUCCUGAGGAAAUCAAAGAAAAGAACAAAUCUGGAGACAUUAAGACAAAUGCUGAAAAGACAGACACUGACAAGAAGCGUGAGAGGAGGAAGAAAAAGACCAUAAAGAGGGUUAAAAUAAAAGAAAGGGAGAAGAGACAAAAAUUAGCAGAAAAGAUGAGGGCAGAAAAAGGAAAGAAACAGACCAAGAAAGAAGCAGAAGCCAAUCUGAAGAAGCUCACCAAGGAAGGAAAAGCCACCAUGCUGAAGGAUGAAGGCAAGGAUAAAGCCUUGAAGUCUUCUCAAGCAUUUUUCUCCCAGCUUCAGGAUCAAGUCAAAUUACAGAUCAAAGGUGCCAAGACUGUACAGAAGAAACCAAAGAAAAGUAACGAACUUUCUGCCCAUAAACUCAAGUUGUAGCCAAUGUUUCUUAUCUUUCAUUGGGCAGUCAUAUUUAUGUCAGAGACUAUAAGGUUUAGGGAAAAAAAAUAUCCCCACAUUUUUUGUAAAAAAAUAAAACUUUAUAUGUUGUAUGAAUGUUUUUUUUUAAU